AUGCAUCCUUCUCUUAUUAAAGGAAAAGGAAAAGCUAAAGAAGGAUUUUCUUUAUUUAUGAUUUUCGAGAAAUUCGCCUGUACUAAAAAUGGAAAGAAAAAGCUUAAAUAAAUCUUCUUUACACCUACUUAUAAUAAAGAAAUUAUUCUAUAAACUUCUGUUCAUGAUAAGUCUUUGCUUACUAUUAAAGAGGAAGAUGAAGAAAAAGAAGAAGAUAAAAAUAAAGAUGAAGAAAAUGCAUCGAAAUAAAAUUAUUUUACUGAAGAUGAAAAUGAAGAUGAAGAUGAGGAUGAAGAGGAAAUAACAGAAGAAGGAAAUUAAAAAUUAAUUAAAGAAUACGGCUUGAACUAAGAUUACAAAUACUCUUUUUAAUUAAAAGAUGCACUCUUAUUUAAAUGUGAUAUAUGCGUAGAUUUAGAUUUACAAUAUGGUGAUAUUCAAAGUAAAAUAAUAGACAUACAAAGAGAAAUAUUAAGAGAGAUAGAAUUUGAAAUAAUCUAGAAUAAAGACGAACUAAAUCAUAUUAAUGAGUUUUUAGGAGAACUAGAUGUUUUUUUACUUUUUUUCUAGGCUGUUAAACAUACAAUUUACGAAAACCAGAAAUAAGCGAAAAUUCAUGUAUCAUUUUAAUGGAAUGUCGAAAUAUACUAAUAGAGUUAAUAAUAAAUGAAAAAAAAGAAUAUGUAAGAAACAAUUUUAUUGUAUAUAAUUAUGUAGAUUAAUAUGAUGAAAAAACAUUUUCUUUUUAAAUUCUAAAUAAAACUUUUUCAAAUAAAAUUACAUUUUUAACUGGUCCAAAUUAUUCAGGAAAAAGUGCUUUUUUAAAAACUCAUAAAAAGGUAGGCAUUUGUUGCUAUUUAGCUCAUUUAGGAUGCUUUGUUCCUUGUAGAUUUUCCAAAAUUGGACUUUUGGAUGGAAUUUAUUGUUAAAGUAAUAUGGUAAGUUCUAUUCUUUCUUUUAUAGGGGAAGGUGAGGAUGAACUGA